GAAACGGGGAAGGACUCUACAAUUACUCCGCUCUCUCUACCGGCAGUAACCGGACCCUGCGACUUCCCUCCGGGAGACGGGAGAAAGUUGGGGAGGGAAAAGGGGAGGAGAGGAGAGACGAAGGAAGGGAAUGCAUUUGACUCGGAGGUUCGGAUACAAUACGCCCUUAAACACAGGAUUUUUAUACUGCUUACAGUUCAUCCCUCUCUGUUUACUCGUGCUUUAUAUUUGCUAUCUGGCUUCGAGCGAAGGAGCAGAGCGUCGGAGCGCGGAAGGUGCCGUAUUAUAAGAAACUUUGCCGUUUUUUCACUAGGCUUGUGCCCGCUACGUUCUUGGGUGUAACGUUUUUUUCUGAUUCUUAUACGAUUUAGCUGUUUGUGGAAGCGUGAGACCGUUUGAUUUUGCUGGAUAACGAAAACACCUGGAGCGCACCUUUAAAAGCAUAAUCAUCCAGCAUCCUCUAAUGUGGCGAGUGGUCGGGGUUUGAUCCUGGGUAGUUCACGAUGGCUGCUUCGGGCGGACUAAAGAGCGAGAAGUUGGAUGAAGCGCAAGCUUUGGCCAGGAGCUGUGCAGGCAGACCGGACUUUCUUCCCUGCGACGGGCUAUCCAUAUGCGCCACGCACAGCCACGGAAAGUGCUUCAAGCUGCACUGGUGCUGUCAUUUGGGAUGGUGCCAUUGUAAAUAUGUGUACCAGCCCAUGACCACGGUCGUCAAGCUUCCCAGCACCCCAGUGCCUGCUACGCCUUCUGGCCACGCCCACUCCAUUGACCUGUCCAUCUCGCUGGUGGAGCGCUUCCUGCGCAACGCCCCGGCCUUCCGCGCCCCGCCCUGCCUGGACUCGCCCAAGUUCUGCGUCAUCUCCGACCUCUUCGUGGACGACUACGUCGUCAAGCGCAUCAACGGGAAGAUGUGCUACGUGCAGCGGGCGCAGCCGGCUCCGCCGCAGCCUCAGCAUCAGCACCAGCACCAGCCCCAAGCGCCCCCACCUCCAUCCCCGUCUCGGCAUCCUCAGCCCCCCCCUCACCCACUCCCUCAGCGGCCUCCAAAGCAGGGCACCGUCCAGAAAGAGCACAGGGGGCCCAGGCAUCCGACUCAGGGGGACAAGCCGAAGUCGGUCCUGGGUCCUAAGAUGGACCACUGCUCCUCGCCCUCCAGCUCCGAGGACUCGGGGAUUAACGCUCUCGGCGUGCACUACAUGGAGUCGUGCGAUGAAGACUCGUGCGAAGACGAGGACGACGAGGACGAGGACGACGAAGACGACGAAGACGAGCUGAGCAGCGAUGGCGACUCCAGCCCCACUAGCCUGUGGGAGCAGGACGGCUGCACGCUCCUGUCGCCGUCAAAGUCCAUCGUGGAGAUCAUCGAGAAGAUGGAGACGACUGUUUGACCACAUCUCGCUGCCCAUAAGCCACCCACGCCAUCUCCCCAGUCACUUGCACACACAUAGCAGUGUGCACACCUACACUUUCUCCCCUCCACCUGCCUGCCAUGCAUUCAUCCACUAACAUAGACUUUCAUCUGAGUUCAUCAUCUUUCUUCAUUCUCCUUUGUUUGCUACCCUAGGCUACGCUAACGCAGAGAGCACAAGGGAAUGAUAUGGACAUACGCGCCUUGAUCAGAUACCGUAGCAUCUAAUGUGACCAAACAGCAGCACAGUCUGCUGGACCACAACGAUUUUCAAAGUGUUCUCAAAGAUCUGAGGAGAAGUGGCUCCGUUGAAGCGGGUUGUUGAGACUACAGCUUUCUCACAGGGAAAAAAAAAGGAAUGACUUUACACUUAAAGCACAGAAUCAAAGAGUGUGUGAUGCAAUAGCAAGAGAAAGAGAGGGAGAGGGAGGGAGAGAGAGAGAGAGAAGAAGAAGAGAGAGAGUGAGAAAUGAAGAUGGAGAGAGACAGAGAGAGAGAGAGAGGUUGUUUUUCAAGCUCUCACAAGGGGUGUGCUUCAGAACAGAGGCUAAAUCAUGCAUGAGGACUGAAGAUGGUAAUGAAGCAUUAUGAUGAAAGUGGGCCGAAGCGCAGCACUCUGAGGGGUCUGCCCAAACCCCCACCCCCACACCCCACACCCCAUGGGUGCCCUCACAGCAACCCUCCUCAUCACCCCUGUGACUUAGCCAAAGAGGCCACGAGCAUAGUCCAAACAGCAAACACCCCCACAACAAAGCCUGUGUGUGUGUGUAAGUGUGCAUGUGGGUAUGUGUGUGUGUGUGUGUGUGUGUGUGUGUGUGUGAGAGUGUGUGUGUGUGUAUUCUAAGUGGCUCAUCAGCCAUUAAAUCACUUUACUAUGGGCUCCAUAUCUGCGUUCUAGACUUCUUGACAAUCAAGUGAGAUUAAUGAUUGAUGAUGGUGGCAGAAGCCUGCUUCAUUGUCCACGGAUGGACUGCACAUGGCAUCUCUCUCUUCACCAAGACUCAACUGCUGUCUGGGAAAAGCCGGACUUUCCAGUUCAAGAUCUUCAUCCAGUGGUCCAACAGCCUACGCCUUUUUUUACAUCUAGCCUCCCUGUACACAAGGAAUUGGAAUAUGCCACUGGCAUCUGUCAUUUGGGUCAGCGUGUUUUCAAGGAGGAAUAAUCUAAGAUACCUGGAAAUGAAUUGCUUGGUCCCUUGGAACUGCUGCUGACGGCUCAGCAUUUCUGCACACAUGUAGGAGCAUUGGAUUGAGAUUAUUCUCUCUUAUUGUCUGCCUAUACUUAAAUGCUUUGUGAGGAAAUUGAUCUGAGCUUGAGGACUUAAUCUGAUGUAAAACCAUUGAACAUUCUUUUGUGAGAAACCUUUACAAUAAAACUCCUUAAGAAUUGUAUGAGGAGAACUAAAGUAAGCUCUGGCUGCUUUUAAAAGUUAACCACAGACAAUGGCGAGUCUGAAGUAAUUGAGUUUUACCGACUGUUUUCCUCAAAUGGAAGUUAACAAUCCCAGUGGUGCUCAGUGAUGACUCACCUGCAUGUGUCCCAUGGCCUCAGUCGGUUACCCAGUUGCACAAAGUCCCUGUAGUUUAUAAGCACAGAGUUUUGCCACUGCCUGAGCAGCAGCUGCCAUUUUGAUGGUUGUUUACACAGAAACUCAAUUGGGCCCUUGACAGAUCCCUGAGGAACUUUAGGCACAAUAAUUUCUUUGUGUGGACAUAUUUUUGCCUCCAUGGGUGUGGACGGCUGAGAGUAUUUCCCAUUCUUUUUUUGCUAUGUUUUCUUCAGGGACAAAUAAUCGUAGCUAUGAACCUACUCUCUAGAUACACAUGUUUAUCUUAAACAGCAAAAGAAAUCCUCCUUUUCUUAUGAUAUCUAUUGUUGUUAACUUAUCUCUUAUUUUUCUGAUAAACAGAUUUAAA